CUGAAAAUGAAAGGAAGCAAGAAUGAAAACAAAAACAAACCUUAGUUAGAAGCUAAAAAUUCUUAUACUUAAUAACUUAUGUAUAGACUAUAGAGUAUAGAUACAUAGAUUCUAGAUCUAGAUUCUAGAUCAUAACAAGUAACAAGAUCUUAAAAAUUCUAGGAACGUAGUACGUUUAAGUCCUGCAACUUUGUGACUCACUGUGACUGAGUCUAGUCCUAGUCUUACUAGACUAUCUCAGUAUCUGAGUAUCAGUAUGAGUAUGAGAUACACCAUUAUCAUGAGAUUAUGGUGACUAUACUCAUACUGGCUUGAAAUGAAUACUAGAUCUAUCUAUACCACCAAAUCUAACUAACUAAUGGCAUGUUAUGCGUGUUUAUGAUAGAUCUUAUAGAUCUAGAAAUGCUAAAAUGCUUACUAAGAUCUAAAAUCUAAAGAGUAGCACUAUCUAUAUUCUAUACAAGUUACAAGUCAAUAUAAAAAAUAGAUCUAGACUCUAAAUCAACAACAGCAUGACACAUCUAGAAAUCUAGUUUAUGAAUGGAUAUCACACAGCUGUUCACUGCCAUUGCAUUGCUAGCAGUUGCAUUUUUUGUUUACCUGUUCAUACAGCAAUAUAAUGCAAAGUUUAAGAGACCUCCAUCGAAAUAUACCAAUAGAUCCAGGAAUGUUACAGAAUCCCAUGACAUAGGAAGUAAUGAGUCUUUACAAACUAAUGAAAAUGUAUCAAUGAAAGGAGAUGUAAAAAAAGAUACAGCAACAUCAAAUGAUUUAAAUACUGUAAAAAGAAUUUCCAGCUGGUCCAGGUCGCCGGUCAAUUCACCACGUAAUCAAUCCUCAAACUCUGAGAAAUCAACUGAUUACAGUAUAAAUAAAAUAAAAAAAACUCAAAAAACACCAGAAAAAUAUUUAGGGCAAAGCCUUUCAAGAGAAGAUUUGAGAGGACAUAAAAGCAGUUCUCCACAAUCAGGCUCUUGGAAAAGUAGCACUUUAAGUACAUCCUUUCAGAGACAAAAUGUUAAGAACUCUUCAAAUGUAAUGUCCAGUGCAAAAAAGUUGCAGGAAAACACACACAAAAUAUAUUCUGAAUUUAAAAAAGAGCAGUCAUCUAAAGUUGAGAGACCACAUUUUUAUCCAUUAAGACAAGACUCUAAAACCAAUAUUGAUUUAGAUAAUUUUUUAACUGGUACAGCCAAAGAAACAGAAAUUGAGCCUGAUGUCAACACAUCAAGAAGCACAACUAACAUAAAUUUUGAUGCAGAUGCUUCUGUUUUAACCAGAAAUAAUACAACAGCACCUUCUGUUCAACAAAUAUCUGGUAAUUUGACAGUUCACCUUGAAAGUAGACAAACUUUGAAAUCAAAUGUCUCCAGCUCAAAGAAGUCAUUAGUAGCUCAUAAUACAUCUAUUGAUAAUCCUGUAUAUUCAAAACCUACACGUUUAUCUCCCCCCAUACUGUCAAAAGUUCUUCAUCAAGCUGACAAAGGAAAUCAAUUAAGAAAAGGUCUUAGAUCAAAUAACAAGCUGACCAGUAUGGAUAUAGAUGAUAAGGAGAACACCCCCGCAAGGAAUAUAGUUGACCAGCUUCAGAAACAGUUUGUGUCAGAGAUGGAUGAAGAUGACCCAGAUCUGAACCCAGGGGUAGAUGAAAUGGAAGAUGUUGUUGAAACUUAUAAUCAAAAACUUCCCCUCAGAAUGAAUACUAAAUUGAAAGAUGAUGAUAAUAUGUAUUGUGAGAGUGGAACUGAUUCUGAUAAUGAAGACAUGUUUGUUGAUGACAACAAAGCUGAAUCAAAGUUUGAGGAUGAUGAAGAUAUGAUUGAUGAAAAAAAAUUAAACUCUGCUGUAAAAUUAAAAAAAUUUAGAAAUCCAAUUUCUAAACCCAACAAUGUUCUUUUGAAUUGUAAAAUGGAUAUUAAGCUAAAUAAGGAUACUUUAAAACCUACUAACAGUGUUUCAUCUGGAGCUUUAGAUCUGAAAGGAAAUCAAUCUUCACGUAAUUUAUCUCUAGACUACACUCGAAUUCAAGGUACCCCAACUGGACGUAAUUUAUCUCUAGACUACACUAAAAUACAAGGUACCCCAACGGGUAAGGUUCAAUCUGCACUUACUAAUAAUAAUCAGAGCUACAUUAAAACUAGAAGCUCUCAAGCUGCUGAAAAGCUGUGUACAUAUUUAACUAAUGACAACAGAGUUGGCAAAGCCCUGAGUUCUGAAGCUAAGAGCAGCCAGCCAAUAGACUGCUAUGGUGAAGAGCACUGGCGUAAAAUUCUAAAUAGAGUUUCACAGCCCAAAGAGCUUAAGGUUUACAUUACUAAGCAUGUACCUGUUUCCAACAUAUCAAACAGCAAAGAGAGUGACAAGUCUGUUGGUGUUAAGUUUAGACGUAAUCUGACAGACAAUAACUCUUCAGUUGGCCCCGAAGUUUCUAGUGCUGCAAAAAAAACUUUGGGUUUCAACAAAGAGAGCAAGAAAGCAGUUGCAGGGGAUAAAAGACUAGAAGAUGGUGUCACUUCUGAAUCUAAUAUCUUGAAGAAGAAGGCAAAAUUAAAUUCUGGUUGUGAUUCAACGUUUAAGGACAACACUGAGACUAUAAAUAAGCCUCUGUCUAAGAAAGUUACAGUCAGCAGCAGUCCUACUAAAGAGAAAGAGCUUGUGACCAAACGGAAAGAGAGAUGGUCACUUAAGAAGGAACAAAUGAAAAAUAAGUCCUUGCAGUUAAAGAGUGGAGAAACCAGGAACAUUAACAUCCCCAUAGAGAUGGACUUUAACAGUAUUGAAGUCAGUGGAAUGUGUUGUGACAUCUGUAAGAGCCUUUUCCUUUGCCAGGAGUGUACCUGGUGCCCAAACAAUCACAGGAUCUGCUUGAACUGUAUGAAGCUGGCCAUCAAAGACACACUUGACAACAAGAAACUACAUUUGGCCUGUCCAAUACACUUUUGUCAGGCCAUCAUUAAUCCAGAUCUAAUAUCCAAAAAGAUUGAUCCCCUUACAUUUGAGAUUCUUCACAAGAAGCUUCAGAAAAGGUUGGAUAAAGCUCAGGCGGAAAUGUUUGAAAGACUUUUUGGUAAAAUUAGCUGCCCGCAAUGCCAUUUUCUACAAGUUUUGGACUAUGAAGAGAUUCACUUCAAGUGCAAAAACUGUCAUAUGGAGUUUUGCAGUUACUGCCUUCAAUCAUGGUCAGUUGUUAGUUCCACAUGGUCAUCUUACUAUCACAAUGAGUGCAGGCUUCUGAACUAUUCAGGACAGAAAUGUUUCAGAAAUUCUGACCAGCUUCCCUCUAAUUGGCGCAAAAGUGCCCCAGUGCUUUCAGGAAAUGACAAAGCCAUAGUUGAUGUAGACGUUGCAAGUGAGGUGGAUCUAAACAGCAAUGAAGGGCGCACAGUCAUCCAAUUGUUCAAUGAAACUCUGCAAGGAGUCCAAGUGACUGCAAUUAUCAGGCUACAGAACAUAAAGCUGUGGGAGAAAUAUGUCUUAAAACGCAAACAUAUGGUUGAAGAAUUAGGUCUUGCAAACAUCAAAGAAAGAGCCCUAUUUCACGGGACAGAUGAAAAAAACAUUUCUCUGAUUUGUCAAGAAGGUUUCGAUAUGAGAGUUAAAACAGCCAAUGGUGCUGUUUAUGGCAAAGGAAUCUAUUUCAGCACUACCUCCAAAUACUCCUUGACAUAUGCUCACUCCUCUAACAAAAUGUUUAUAGCUAGAGUGCUGUGCGGCUUAUCUACAAAAGGCUCAUCAGACAUUUUCCGUCCUCCAAAAGACCCACGAACAGGCCGUAUGUAUGACUCGUGUGUAAAUAACCUAGAUAAACCAACCAUCUACAGCCUGUUUGAUAAUGGCCAGUGUUAUCCUGCCUAUGUGGUAUCAUUUAAGAAUUAAGUGCUAUAAAACUGAAAUGGUUCUUCAGCAAGAGAUUUUUGUUUUCCAGAAUUAAAUGUUGAGAUAUUUUUUUUACUAUUUGGUCUAGUUCAGUGGUUUGUUUCACUAGCAUUCCUUCCAGGUGGCUCAUUGUAGCAAUACAUAUUAUUAGAUCACCUUAUUGAUCUUAAAGGCUUUCAUUGAAGAAAACCAAUGUUCCAUGUGCUGGUAUGAUGCAAUAGCAUAUUAAGUUUCAAAGUAAUGUUUAUCUUAUCUUCAACUGUUAUUGAUUGUUAUUAUUAUUACUAUUGCUUUUGUAAAGUGUUACUUUUAUGCUCUUAUAGCAUGGGCUUUUGCCUAAAUUCUUUUGGGGAGGUAUCUGCUGUUUAUAUAUCACUUAGUCAUACAUUCUAUUCUAUUUUAAUGUCUUUAACAAAAAUAGCUACAAAAAUAUUGCUUGAAAAAUUGAAGGAAAAAAAAUAAAUUAAAAUAUUGUCUCUCUGUGAUUUUAAUUUUUCAAUUUCUCUGAUUAAAGUUGUAUCAAUAAAACAAAAAGAAUGUUGUCUAAACAUAAAAUGUCCAUGCUCUUUAGUUUGUACCUAUUUAUUAUUAAGUGCUGGAUACAAUUUAGUUUUGAAUGAUGCAUCCUGGAUGGCAACACACUCUUGGUAGUGAUAGAUGCACCUUAGUUUCAAUUUUUUCUUUUAAAUUUUCAUGUAUAAUGGCAGCAAUUGUAAAUAGAUGAGGCUAAUUCUCUUUUCAUUAUAGUUUUAUAAUCAUCCUAUUUUUUUUCCACAAUUUUUACAAGAACUGUUUGUUUUAUCCAGUCCAAUUUUCACACAAUUUUAUCCAAUUUUGUGUUUUGUUUUGUCUGUGUUUCUAAAAUGAAUACAACUGGUAAAUGCUAAUAAUAGCUGGUGAUAUCUUAAGGUGAGAAUGAAAUCACAUUUUUUGAAAUGAUAGUUUUUGACAAUUUGAAUUUCAAAGUAGUUGAUUGAUUGUAACAUUGACUUGCCUAUCACUAAUAGGAAAUAUUAGUCCUCUAAAUGGAUCAUUGUCAUAUAUUUAUUAAAUAAAUAUACUAACAAUUGAAUUUGGAAAUUCGCAAGCGCUCAAGAGAGGACUGUAUGAGAUGUCAGGCAUUUCAUUUAUCAAGGAUAUUUAGUCAUUCAUCUUGUUGCAUUUCUUUUUGUAACCUGGUUACAACUUCCUGAACAUGACCUUUUUGUUAAAUGUUUGAGAUUAUAACUUGUUACAGUACUCAAUAUUAAUCAUUAGUGUAAAUAGUACUUUGAAAUUAUAUGGAUUGCUUCACAUAAAUUCUGCAUCGUGGUCUGUACUUAUAAUAUAAAGUUCCUCUUUCAGACCUUACGAUCUAUAGGGAAGAGGAUGGUAAAAGUGAUCUGUUUCUGUGGCCCACGAUUAAUGAGGGUAUCAUGUGGCCAGAACAAUGACGAACAGCCUUUACUUUUCCUAACUAAAGUCAUGUACCAUUUCAGCUGGGUGGACUCAGAUGUACUCUAAUAGUCCCAAAAUUAAAAAUCUCAGUCUUCACCUAUAUUUAAACCCAGGACCUCCUUAGUUCGGAAGCGCUUUACCAUUCAGCCACUGUAACUCCAUAGUUGAGGAAAGAGAGUAUAUAUAUAUAUAUAUAUAUAUAUAUAUAUAUAUAUAUAUAUAUAUAUCUUACUCCUUAAAUUCUACUAGAAUGAGUGAAAUUUUCUCUAAUUGAAUUUAUAUUUUCAUUUACCACCUAACUAAUCCCAUAAAACAGUAUCUUUUUUUUGGCCAAUAUAAUUUGGUUGUUGAAACUGCUGGGUUCACUGAGUGACAGGUUUAGUCAGCUCAAUCUACUUGAAAUUUUCACAAAACUCAGUUCAACUGUGGUAUGUAUCUAAGCCAGACAUGAGUUUGUGGUAUUUUGUCUCACAUGGAGCAUAGAGAAUAAUGUUGAAUGUCAGAUUAAGGCUUAUCGAAAAUAUCUCAAAAACUUUUGUUGGUGUGGGGCCUCUUAUAUCUUUUAAUUUGUAUACUUCAAGAAAGACAAGUCAGAUUCUCUAAUUAAAUAAAUUUGUAUACUUCAAGAAAGACAAGUCAGAUUCUCUAAUUAAAUAAAUUUGUAUACUUCAAGAAAGACAAGUUAGAUU